AGAUGGUGCCAGAUAUCUGCUUUGGAAUCAACAUUGGUAAAAGUAUGUCUUCAUUAUGUUUGACCUAAGGCUUUUUUGAAAAAUAUUUUCAUAUUUGAGGUUGGUCUUUACAACCCUAUCUCAAGACCUGCCCCACUCCCUACUGGGCACAAUACAGGGAUGUCACACCCUUCCUGUUGGGUGACUAUUAUUAGGUCUGAUAUCUUGCUAAUGUUAUUCACGGAUUGCAAAUGUACAAUAACUUUUCAGAUAAUUUGAAUUCCUUGUCAUUUGUCACUGAUAAGAAAAAAUCACAUUCCUGCACUUCCUGUGUGAGGGAGUAUGUGGCUGUGGAAUUUCAGGGAACAGAUUGCCCUUGAGUUUUAAAAGGGAAUUUCCCACAGGCCAAUUAACAGGGAAAACCCCUCUGUGCUAAACCAUCUUCCUGUUUUUCAUUUUCCUUUGCAUGUAGCGAUCCCAUCUCCACAAAAUACAAAAAAACAUAACAAAAACGUUCUUCUAAAGUGAAAUAUAUUAUAACACUCGCAAAAACUCUACAGCACUUGACACAUGUCGUACACUGCUAGUCGAUCUUAUCAGUCAAUUGAUAUUGGAAUUUACCAUUUUUUUUCUUAGUUGAACGAAGCCUUUUACAGUCAAGAUCUUUUAAAUAUUUCCUACUUUGUACUUCUUAUACUGUUAACGUUAUAUAUUUGUGAACAUUAUUGCAAAUACGGUUUCCUGAUUGCCGUUCACAGCUCACGUACAGAUCGUCAUGUGAACCGUUCCUUCCAUAAUAAGAUUUUUACUUUCAAAGCUUUCAUCCGUUUCUUUCGAAUUCUGACAUCCUGAUCGUAAAAUAAAUAAGGAUACUCUAGGUAUAAAUUACUGGCCUUGAAUAUUUUUCAGGCCUUUCAAUUAACUAUGAAUGAGGGAAUGAAUGAAACUAACUACAACAAACGCGACAGAACAUUCACUGUUAGUACAUAAUAUAAGGAUUACAAUGCAAUCUCCAAUAUUUUUAAUGACAAACCGAACUGUUUGUGAAAACAUAUCAUGCUACUUUUUUCCUAGCUGAAGCCGUUCCAUGACUGUAUGGUUAUGUUAAGUUCGAUUUGUGAAGUUCUCUUCUUCGCUAAAUAGACAAUCCUGUUUUAAAAACCAGCUCAAAUCUCAGCUCCACGUGGUUUGAUUGCGAAGUUCCGGUUAUCUGUCUGUUCUGGCUCUCACGAUCAGACGGUCGUGAAAGAGCGAUCAAACGUUUCUUUCCGUAAACGAGACAUUUUCAGCAAUUCUCUACAAAAUCCACUGUUCUUUUAACGGAUUGACAAGCUAAGCUGAGGUAGAAACUGCUAUUCCUGAGGUCUGUUUUUGUAGCAUGAUUUCACAUCCGCCCUGCACGUGAUCCAUAACUUGUAUCUUUAACUGACAAACUUGCUUUCUCAGUUCGCAAACUUCGGUGUGUAGCUGAGAAUUGAUGCUCUUAAGAUUGCUAACUUUAACUUCCAAAUCGGCUUCCUUUUCUAGCUUUCGUUUGCGGCAUUUUGAAGCAGCGACUCGGUUUCUCUGCUUCUUUCUUUCGUUCUUAACUGUUUCCUGUAACGCCAAGUCGAUCGGUGGAAGAGGCGGCGUUCCGGGGACGACUUGCGAUUCGUUUUCUAACUUAACGUUAUCCAACUGCGGUUGCUGAGGUGGGUUCUGUAUGUUUAAUGUCGCAUAGCUUGUGCUGGGUUGUGUUGUAGCCACAGAGGUCCUUUGAAAGUCUGGGAAAAUUUGAGUCGCUCCGGAUAGCGAAACCAACGGAAGUGAUUGCGUCGAAAUUAUGGACGUGCCCGAAGCAAGCAUCGGUGUUGUAGCUGCUACUGUACUAGUGGUAUUAUUUAUCGCUGCUGUGGCAAACGAUUGAUUCAAAGCAUUCAGCAGUAAAGCGUUUGUAUUCACAACGCUUUGCGAAGUGGUUUGUCCACCUGAUUCUUGUUGUUGGUCGUGUAAUUUUUGAAGCGCCUCCACGAAUCCUCGCGCAUAUAAUUCUUGUUGUUCCGUUACAGAUGACGUUCCCUUGAGCGCCUGAGUCGGUGUUGGAGUGGUCAAGAUUCCUCCAUAACCCAUUAUCAAUUUCUCCAGCUCGGGGGAACCCAACGUUAGCAAAUUCAAAUCAGGAGAAGUCAAUAAUGCGCCUUCCAGCGAAGUUUGCCUCCGCGCGUUCGGCGACGUAAAAUCAAGCUUCAAGUUGCCUUUGUCGUACGUCGCACUCUGAGAACUCGAUGUUGCGGGCAUAAUUUGUUCGUCAUAGAAUGAUGCUUCCAUUCACGUAGUGAGUCUGAUAAAAAUACAGACGAUUUUGCUGACUGUGAGAUUUCAGGAUCGCUUGAACGUUUUACAAGUACGCAACUUUUAUUUCCGUUGCAAACCAUUCAUAUAAGCUUUUGAGUCACUUUCUAUUUUCGUCUCGCAUAUGUCAUCUCAAAGGCGAUUGGUUGAGACGAUGAACUUUGUUCUUUAACGAGUGAUCAUUGGUUCGUUUUAAUUACGCUUAUCCGCACGUGACUCACAAACUAAUGCGAAUGACGUCAGUUAGAAAACAUGCCGAAAACAAAACAGCCAUUUCCUAGGUGACAACCGAUAGCGCGAAUUUUCGAUUAAAGGACUUCUUGAGAAUUGUGGAAUAUUCCUGCGCGAAAGAAUAUCACGAAACUAUAGCAUUUGAUUCAAAUUAAACAAAACGAUUACGAAAGGCGACAAAUUGAUUCAUCUCUUUGAAUGGUGAAAACAAAUCGACGCAAACAUUUGUAAAAAGUCGUUUUCGAAAAUGUUAACUCUGCUCAGAAGUUUCCCGGAACAUUAUGAAGAGCAUUGGGGUAUUCAGAAAAACGUUUAAUCGAUAUUUUAUGACACUUCUUUUCUAAAGAAAGCGUCGGUUUUUGCGGGAAACUGCGACCAAAAUUUAUAAUCAAAAGGAAAUUAGUCGCACCUAUUUUUCAACAACUUCCUUCUAUUCUUUCGGUUUUUGAGAUAUUUAUUAUUCCGAGAAACUGCAAGGCUGUGUUAUUUGUUCUUUCAUCCUUUCCGAUUCGUAUUCACGCCCCUUGCAGCAAAAAGCGUGACGAAUGGCAACGGAUGACGCGUGCCAAGGACAAUAACUAGUUUCAAAUUUCGUUCUGUCACCGGAAAUGCAUUUUGCAACAUCACAUCUUCAUACGAUUAUCUGAUUUCUUCAUCAAGCUUGUAAGUGGUGGCAGUACAUUUUAUGGGGUGCAAAUUUUUCAAAUUUAAUUCUAGUUUUAUUGCAUAUGUGAUUAUUUUUCAAAUGUCACGUACUAAACUGCAUCAACUGUUUCGAAGCGUCAUGUUUCCACCUACAUAGAAAUUUCUGCAUCGAUUUCACAACUGACUAUCAAAUAUCUUUAUCCGAAACUUCAAAAUUUUCUAUCAUUUCUUGAAGAAAAAGCCGCAGUUUAUAUUCUCUACUAAACGUGCUUCGAAUUUUUAAUAUUCAAGGUUUUUUUGUGUUCGGUAAAGGGCAGGUGGGACUUUGAAAUUAGCCUUGCCGCAUUUCCAUAAAUGGCCAUGAAAUUACGAUUUGCCAGUCGCGUAUUUAAGAAGGUCACGAUUCAGAAAUAUUUUCAUUAAGAAAAAAAGCCUGAUUUGGAAAUAUGAACUUCGGCUCACCCAAACAGUUUUUGGGUGGAAUUUGCGAAAACAAAUGGCAUAUAAUUAGUUUUGUUUUUCUACCAAAGCGAAAUGUUUGUUGUUAAACAUGCUAAUAUCAAGUUUUAGACCAUUUAAACUAGUAUAUUGUUUACAUUUUGAACCAUUUUAGCACUGAUAUGUUGUUUUGUUUACAACAUAAACGAUGGAGCACGGGAAGUUUAUGCUGUCUAUAAAACCGAACAAAAUGCCAUGAAAAUAUUCACAAAUCUGACGUAAAUUUUAAAGAGAGAAACUGUAGAAUAUAACGAAUUUACCAUUUCAAAUUCGGUGGAGCAUGAAAGUCAAUUCGUAUUUGACCUUGCCUCUAAGGUUUUUUUUUCUUUUGAUAAAAGUCUCAUGAUGGAGUUGCUUAAUUUUUCUUGGCCGAUUUACGACUAUCGAAAUUUGGGAUUGCAGAACCGCUUAAGUUGAUUUUAAACCGUUUAAAUUCCAUCUCGUUGUGACUUUCUCUCUAUCCUGAAAACAGAGGUAGUGACCAUAGUCAGUUUCAAAUAUUAGUGUCAUGUUUUGUUCAUUUUCAAUGAAUUUGAUGGGUUCCUCUUCUAUAUGGAUCAUUUUAUUCAGUUUAACAUGUGGACAGGGGAGGUUAGAAGUUAGAAAAUGAAAAAUAGGGACGAAGAAAAGCGACCACAAAGAACCCCUGGGGGAGAAACAAAAAAAGAUGUCUGAGAAAGCGAAGGAAAUUCUUGUCUACGAGAAAUGCGAAAAAAAAAAAAAGAACGGGGCAUAGAUACCUUACACUUAGAGAUAACAUUGACAGUCCCUUUAAGUGUUUUUUCCUCAAUCACGUUAACUGGUUCCGCAUACAGUAAGUGGCAUGGUCAUAUUGGUACAAGAAAUACCACUCCCCUCCUGAGCCAUACGAAACGUCAAACGGUUGUAUAUUUAAGAGGGUGUGUCAUUAAAUCAAACAGGAAACAAUCGGAAGAUGAAGCUUUAGACAGGAAAAUUGUCUGAAACGGUAUCUGAAAGGAAAUAUUUAUUGACAAGAAGCCGACACGUUUGCGUCAAACGACCACGCGGUCUUAAACAUUGGCACUAUAACUCAUCUCGGUUUGUUUUUCUUGUUUUAUUUUCUCUUUCAGGUAUUUGGCGAAGAUAAUUGUUGUGAAGAAAACAACUAAACCGUUCUGAUCAACUUGGGUGGCCGCUUAUGGGAUAAUCUGUUUUGAAGAUACAAUCGGGACAAGAUGAGUAAAACCGGAAGUCAGAAGGAUUUUUAACGUAAUGGUCACGCAUUCGUCAGUAAUAACGCAAGUUAGUAAGGCGAUAGGUUGACUUUUCCUUGAGAUUUCCUUCAAAUACUCAACGAUGUAAAUAUUAUAAUUCAAGGAGAACUGGUCGGUUUUGACGGUGGAAAGUAUGGAAGCUAGGAAAAUUUUUUUAAUCAUUGAGAUGAGGAAUGCAAGACCCAAACAGAUUAGAAACGUAACAGAAGUUUUAGGCGGGAAAAUUUGACUAACCGCGUCGGCUGCCAAAGGGCUGUAAACAGAAGCAAAUUAACGGCAAUAUAACCGGGUUUCCUCUAUCAAAUGUGGAAGAAUGAAUACUUGCCAUCAAUCAUCGACUUUAACAUCGUCAGACGCUUGUUUCACGCCGAACGAAGGCUCAAACGCGUUGCCAAGAAAAACGGGUUGGAGUUCCUCAACCGUAGAAAUCGAUCGCAGUUCAAAAAGACUCAGCUCGGUGGAAAAUUCAGGACAGUAUUUUAAACGUCAAAAGACGCCUUCUUCGUGCCCGGCGACGAACAAUGAACACGUUUUUACGAGCGGAAGGCGGCCUUCAGCUACGGAAUCUGAAAGGGACGAAGAAGAGGGUCUGAACGCGAAUGAUGUUGUGAACCAGAGAGGAAAUGUUGUUGGCAUUGGAGAUGAUAGUCCGUCGGCUUUGGACGUAAAGGUGAAAAAUUUCAUCUGCUUCUCCCUUCUUUUUUUAAAUAAAGAAAAAAUUGAGAAUAUGAAAUAAUGACAAUUAGAACCAUGUUAGAUUUUCACACAGCCCCAUACUUCGCUAUACAUACAGUUCUUGCAUUGAAUGAAGAAAAAAAAUUAUGUAAACAAUAGAUUGCCUUUCGAUUACGGCUUUGUUUUACUUUGAUAUGGGGCUGUGCAGAAAUCUUACCAAAACCUUUAAAAAAAAAAAAAAAAAAAAAAAACGCACAAAGAGACAAUUGUGCUGGGUUAGUAACUAUUUAUUUGGCAAUUACUUACUUACCCUAAAUAUGUUUUUUUCUCAGCGCGUGUUGUCAGUGGUUUGGAGUAAAGGAAACUUGGGUUCCUCCUACUAUGAUACAGAGACUUCACAACUGUAUCUCCAAAUGGAUGUGGUAGAAACAAAUGAUUUUCAGUUUCUUAAAAGAGGUAAUUAUUGGAAUAGGUUUGAAUUCACCCUUUAACCCCUAAGAAUGACCAAAAUCAAAUCUCUCCUUAUUGCUUAUCAAUAUCACUACCAAAUCACAAUGAAAGAGGCUCUUGAUUGUUGAACAAAUUCUCCUUUCGUCAGCACUGUAGGAAAUGUGUAGAGAAAAGUAAAGAAACAUGUAAUUAUUACUCAUGAUAGGGUUUAAAAUGUUAAUAAUAUGCAUCCUAAUGUUUGGAUACCUCUAGCAGUUCACUUAUUUGUGAUAGUUGUUAACAGAUAGCAAAAGAUAAUUUGGAGGGUACCUAAACCAACUUUCUUCUUUUCUAGUAAAAGAACAGGUGCAGGCCAGUGUCAUCAUAACAAGUGCAAUACAGGAUGAAAGAUUGCUUAAGAUCUUAAAUGGGCAAGGUAUGCAUCAUGCAUGUGCGUCUUUGAUACAUGAUUACAUUUAUAAUUUAUUAUUAAUUAUUUUUAUUAUGUUCAUUAUUUUAUUUGUAACUAAUUAUUACUCAGCCAGUGGAACUCACUUUAUCAGCCUGAGGUAAGAGUUUAUAAACCACAAUCCAAAGAUUGUUCUGUUAAUGUCCAGAGUACUUUAUUAUUUAAGUGCGGUCCAAUGCUUUUAUAAAAUAGCCUUGGGUUUGACAGAACAAGCAUGAUAACUUUUGACCAAUCAGAGCAUGUGUACAGUCCAAGAUAUUUAAUUCACAAAAAUAAUGGUGGUAGUGGUCUUUGUUUUUAUUUCAGAAGGUGAAAACAAUGAUGAACAAAUUUGUCAGACAACAGAAGUUGAAAUCCUUCCAAGCAUAGAUUUUUGUAAGUUUCAAUGAAAUUCAAUAUGUCCUAUACUUAAUGCUAAGGCGAUGUAACUGAGCUUGGACAGCAAGGUUGGCAUUGUUUCAAAGCUUGAGUGUUAAAUUGAAGCACUGAAUUAGAGAUUUUACCCACUUUUUUCUGUUCAUGGCUGUGUUGGCACAUAAUAAGUGAUAAUUACAAGGUUGAAACUUCAAGUAAGGUUUGUACUGUUUCAGGUUAUUACCCAGAGAUAACAUUGGAUAGGUAUUUAAUGGUUGCAAUUACAAUGUAUGUCAUAAAGCAAGGUGUUUUAGGCAGUUACUUGAGCUCCAAUUUAAUCAUGUGGAAACUUGUCUUGUAUAUGCUCUACUGAUCAUGCAUGUUUCCUGGCCUGUGUAGCUUAUGAAGUUUGUAAGAGAAGGAUUACUGCUUUGAAUGCAUGCCUGCCAGGAAUCCCACAGCACUUUACAGAAAAUGAGCGAGAAAUACAUAUGAGCUCACUUGUCCCAUUUGACAACAUCAGCAUGGUAUGGAAUGGAAUUUUAUACUCCUUGUCAAUUCAUGUAAUUUUAGACUUUCUGUUAAAUCCAAAAGUUUUGAUAAUUGCUUCAAAAUAAAUAAUCUCCUUACCUAUUCAUAGAGUUUUUCUCUGGUCUUUUCUUUUUUUCCUGUUAUCCUUUUGCAUGUCUUCUGUGAGUCAAUCCCUUCAGGCUUUCUUUUCCUUCCUCUCAUCUCCAUUUUUCCCUUUCUCUCUCUACUACACUUUUUUUUUCCAUGCACAAGACCUUCAUUACACUUUUGAGUGUUUUUUAUAAUGAAUCAAACUUUCUUUAGGUGCGAAGUGCUGGUGCACUGAUUAAAUACAUAGACAAGAAACGAGUUGGAGUUGAAAUGGAUGAUCCUGAAGUCAGAGUCCCUAUUUUGGGACUCAAAGUAUUUUCUCUGUGAGUAUGGUAACUUUGUGAUUAUUUGGAGUAUUAUUAAUGGUGACCUACAUGUAACACUUUAUUCAAUAGGCCUGCAUGCCCUUACUGAUGUUACCAAUUAUCCAAUCAAAUAAAUCCCAUGACACUAAAGACAAGCUGUUGCAACCUUAAUCCUUGGCAGAUUGACUAAUAUGUUUAAAUUUUGCUCAAUUUUUAAUGCUGUUGGUUUUUCUUGGUGUGAACAACAAUAGCAUGAUAUGGUAAUAGGUACCAAAUGUUUCAAAAUUUUGUGAGUCAAAGGAAUUACACCACAUCUGUAUUUGGAAAAAAAAUAGCCUGAUCUUUUUUCCUGUUCAUUAUUUGCAGUCUUUGUUUUAGUUCUCCAUCCUCAAAACCCUGCUUGUUUUCAUGUGGUGUUUUCUUGGCUCUUUGGUGUCUUAUUUGGGGAAACUAUAAUUAUGAUUAUUGAUCUCAAGAUUUUCUUUCAGUUAACACUUUGUGACUUGCAUGAUGCUAUUUAUAAAUUUGUUCUCACUGGACUACAAUUAGUCAAACUAAUUAUUGUCAUGCUUCUUGACUUUAUGAAAGGAGUGAUCUUCUCAUUGUGGAUAACAAUACUUACAGGUUUGCAAUUGCAUUUAUUUUAGACAAUUGAUAGCUUAGAUCGCUCAUGUGUGGGUCUUUCUAUUACCCUAAAGCUUGUCAUGCACUCACCUGAUAAUCAUGCAUUUUUUGAGUUAUGCUCUUCAAUGCAGCUUCUGAAGAAGAGAGAUUCUUCAGAUCCUAAAAAGCCUUAAAUAAAUAAAUAUUUAUUCAAUGAAUAAAUAGCUAAAUACCCAAAAAAUAAAGCUAAAUAAUUCAAAACAUCUUUGAGCUCAAGGCCUGAAAAGGGAGAUAACUUGUGAGCUAUAGCUAUAGCAUAUUUUAUUUCAAAGCCAGUCGUAUAUAAUACAGUCAUUACAAAAUCCUCUGUCGGUUGAUUUUGCUCCUGUGCUUGUUAAAGUGCUUUGCAGAUUUUUCAAAAGGAAAGUCAUCCCUCUGUGUACAAGAUGGGAGCAGGGAACAGUGGAGCUAAGGAAGGACUCUCUCUCUUUGGUAAAUAAUUCCGGUAACCUCAGUGUUUCACCGCACGUUCUGCACUGUCACCAUGUUAUCAAGCUUUUUCACUUAAAAAGCUUCUUUCUCUCUCAUGAUUUGCACAAUUUGACCUGGUCGACCUAUUUUGCGUACUUGUGAUACUUGAAGAAUCCUUUUUUUUUUUUCCUGUGAUAAACAUCAUUUGAAUUUAAUCCCAGUGAGGAGAGAUUAUAGGAAUUGAUAUCAAUGAAAGAGAUUUUAAUUGGAACAAUUUUCUUGCAUUUGUAAGCGACUUCAAUGAUAAUAAAAUAGGGUUGUAGCGAAAACGAAGACCCCCGAAAACAAAGACCAGAAAAUGAAGACCCCUUAUUUUCUUCAUUUAACAUGAUCUUGUUACGAUUUCUCGCCGAAAAUAUUCAGCUCCGGUUUUCAUCUUUUUAAGAGCGAUGCAGGAUGCAAUUGAACACCGAUUUUAAACAAAAAGACCUCGAAAACGAAGACCCGAAAACGAAGACCUGAAAACGAAGACACGAAAACAAAGACACGAAAACGAAGACACGAAAACGAAGACCCGAAAACGAAGACCCCGUAUUUUCUUUUCCAAUAAUAAUAAUGGAUGCGAUAUACGCUAAGUGCCUUUAAGAACCGCGUUCACUUAUUGGAUUCUUCCCAAUGCUCACUGUACCUUUCUAGUCAGCACAAGUUCGUUUAAAAUGCUAAGUUGACGGCCUCUCAGUCGAUCCACUGACGUCAAAGCGCGCGAUAAUUCGUUUUUUCUUCUGUCGGCUCUUUUUCUGUAAUUCGGAAUUUCGUAAGAAAAACUUCUCCAAAGCUUCCUCGGCCGAUGUGCAUUUUUAUUUGAAGCUUAUUUCAUUCAAACUGCGGCUUUUUGCUCAGAAGCUUUGGCAGUCGGAGUGGUGCUGACAUUGCGCAAGCCGCUUCGCCAAAACCAAAUAAAGAAGAAGCAAGGAAACCUACCUUCGCGCAACACUGAAAAUACCAAAUUAUGGCAUUUAUCCAGCUAGACCGGCUUGUGCGAAAGAAAAGCAACGCUAUAACACCUACUGGCGUCAGCCGGGUCGAAAUUGGGAAACUCUAAUCUUUAGUUAGAAUGAGGACGUCAGGGAGCGGCGGUUAAAAUAUGGAAGCCAAACGCUGGUAUUUUCGAAAAUAAAUUAAGAAAGCAUCAAAUAGGAAAAUUAAAGGAAAUAAAGCGAUCUUCGGUUUAGUGUUUAAUAUAAUCGUUUAACUGAUGAAUGGUCACGUUGCGAGCAGAGAAGUUGCGAAGCUUUUGACUGUUUUUUCAUCGAGUAGAACAUCUAGUUUUUCACUUCCUGUAUCAAGGUCAUGAAGAGGUCUGCGUUUUCGGUUCUAAGGUCUUUGUUUUCGGUGGUCUUCGUUUUCGCUACAACUAAUAAAAUAGUAAUAUUACGGUUGCUAGACCUUAUAUUACUAUUUAUUUCUGAAAGAGGUACUUCCUUAAAAUUUUUGGUAAUAUAAUUAUUCAAUUUGUCCUUUAGGCGUUACAAAUAGAACAAGAUCUGCUAUUGGGAGUCAUAUGUUGAGGUUUGUCUUUAAACUCUUCGGGUAUUAUCUCACUUUUAAAGCUUCUUUGUCUAGAUCUCUAAAUGUAUUUGCAAAACUGGAAGCUUUUUCUUCUGUGAUUUUAGUACCAGAGUUCUAAGUGUAAUCGCAGGCAGACCACGCUAUGUGUUCGUUGUUAAUAAUUGUUGACAUGAGACGAACAAAAUAUAUAAGGGUAACGAUUAAAGCCCAGAAAAUUGCAUAGCUAAAUUACAUCUAGGUCUGAAUAUCUCACUAAAGUUAAAUUGUGUGUUAAUCGACUCAUUUGUGGUAUUUUUUCGCCUCCAUGGGCCGUUUGAAGCGUCGUUUUACAAAGUAACUUUUGGCCGGAGUCCUUUAAGACAGUACAGGUCUCCUCUUCUUCUUUCCGGCCGAAAGUAUUUUCGUGAAAAGACGCUUCAAACGACCCAGGAAGGCUAAAAGAUGUCACAAAUAAGUCGACCUAGAUGUGAUUUAGAUAUGUAAUUGUUAGAGCUUUAUCCAUAACCCUCAUAGAUUCUCAUGUCAACAAUUAUUAACCCUUUAACUCCCAGAUCAAUUUUGUACUUCUCCUUACUGUCAACCAUACAGUUCUUAUAAUGUUACUGAGUUCAGAGAAUUUAGCUUUGGAUCAACUAAUUAUCCCGAAAGUGAUACUUUUCUUUAUUGUUAUCCCACAUCUGGUUGAUAUUGUAUUGAUAUUGUAGGGAGAAAUUCUGUAAACAUGGGAGAUAAAGGGUUAACCACAAUCACAUAUUGUGGUCUGCCUGUGGUGUAAUUGCUCAGGUGAUGAGAGAGACCCGUGUGCAUUGUUUGCUCGGGCUAAAAUUAUACUUUGUGAGGUUUUCAUCAUUAUACUAAAACCUUUUUUUUUCUUUUUCUGAAUGGCCGAUACAUUUUGGAAAAUGUAUAUGUAGAGAAUGCAUCUGCAGUUACUGUGAUUCAAUUACCUGUUUACAUUAUGCUAAAACAUUUAUAUAGUGUCAAAUCAUUUUUAAAAUAAUGUAUUAUUAUCUAUUAAAUAAAUAAAUUAUGCAUUCCUACUUUCUUCUUUAAAGCUUUAUAUUAUGUUGUUAUUCUUAACUGUAAACUGCAGAAUGUGGUUUUUACGUCCCUCAAGAAACAUCGAUCUUCUACAACAAAGACAAAAGGCAGUAUCUUACUUUGUGAGCCUUAGAAAUGCAGAACUGGUGGCAUCUCUACAAGAUUGCUUAAAACACAUCAAAAACGUCUCUGUAAGUGUACUGCAAUGACAACCUCCCUUGCUUACAGUCUAGUCUAGGAAAACGUAUAAUGAUAUAUGAUGUCCAUAACACUUUGAGACAGUUUUUUUACAUUGUGUACACAUGGUAAGGACAGACCCACCAAUGAGUUCUCUGUAACUCACUGGUACAUUAAAUAGACAGCUUUUGAAGCUGCGACCGUUUUGGUCGUUACGGCGCGUAGGAAAACAUUUGAACAACUAACGUAGCAGCGUAAGUCGCUAAUUCGGCAACUAGAGUUCGGCGGGCACGUAAGAAACUGUAACGUUUUGAUAAGUUUAACAGAAGCCUUCCUGGGUUUUCAGUGAAAGUGAAGUAAACAUUUCCUUCAGAUGUUGCUCAUGUUCUGUCGUGUUUUCGUUUCAAAUUUUGCGCUAGUCUCCUUGGUUGCCUAAGCCUCCAGAUGUUGUGUGUCUCCAAAAACGAAUGCUGCCUUGACUACAGUGUGGUUUAGUACAUUUUCAUAUGUCUCUUUUCUUUUCUUUGUUUUUUACAUUUUUCUGGCGGCGAGUUCGAAGGUAACUUUAAACCAUCCUUCUAUGAUAUAUUGUAUAUUCGUUUAAUUGAAUUUCAUUAUCAAGGAAGUAUAUUUCUUUCACCAUACAGGGAAUACUAUCAAGGAUGACUACAGCUCAAGCAUCUGUUGGCGACUGGCAAGCACUCUAUAAGGUAUCAUUAGCAUUACUAUCUUAUUAAUAAAAUACCUGAAUUUCUAAAACAUGAUUUGUUUGAUUACAGACGGCCUAUAAUGCAACUUACAUUGCUGACCUUUGUAGAAGGAUACCCACGGAUGUUGCGAUUGCCAAAAAGGUAGUGGCUUGUUUUCUUUAAGCUGCACCAUUGCUUUCCUAAACUUUUUAGUCAUGAGUUCAUUUUGCUUAACACUAAGUUACGGUUAUCAUUUUAAGUUGUGCGUUGAUGACGCACAAAACUAAAUUUUCAGUUUGUGGAAGAAAUUGCCAGUGAUUUUGUUUUAUUGUCCUACGGCUUACGAGUGCGCUGAGAUAGACGCGGGGGCCUUAUGGGUAAUGCGCUGGACUCCGGGUCGAGAAGUCUGGGUUCUGGUUCUGUGACCUGGCCGUGUCACUGUGUAGUAUUCUUGGGCAAAACACUUUACUCUCCCAGUACCUCUCUCCACACGCAGGAGUACUGGGUACCAGUGAAAUAUCAAGUAGCCUGAUGAAAUGCAUGGGGUAGCAGUUUCGAUGGAGUGGCAUCCCAUGUAGGGGGGAGAAGUAAUACUCUUAGUCGCUUCUUGCCAAGGGAAUUGACAUAUACUCCGGCUGGAUGGGCCACUUAGCUCGUGUACAGAAUCUUUUCUCACUUAUGAGUGCGCUGUUUUCCUUAGAUUGCUACAAGUUUUACAGAUGAAUUGCUUCAAAUUGGAAGCCUGAUGAGUAAAAUAGUAAGUAUACGUUUUCAGUAUUCUCAUCUGACCGGUGUUUUGUUUUUUUUGUUUUUUUGUUUUUGAAGUUGUACCCGCCUUUCCCUUUUUAUAUUCUAAAUAAACUGAAUUUCCUUUUUUCCCAGAUUGACUUUGAUGAGUCGACAGAUCAAAACCGAUUUGUUGUUAAACCUGGAGUUGAUCCGGCUUUAGACGAAAGUAAGCACUGUUUUCUUUUGUCUUUACUUAAGAUUAACUCUUUACAUCUCAACAUUAGUAUUCAUGCAUAUUUUCCACGCUGUUCUCUCUUAAUUUCCUAUUCAAUAGGAAUAUUGAAUAGGAAUAACACUGUACUCUGCUGGAUUGAGUUGCAAAACUAAUAGAGAUUGCCCUCUGACGAUUGACUAUGUAAAAAUGCGCUAUUUUACGCCAAUGUUUUAGUACCUAUCGCUUCUUUUGUAGUUCAGCCAAAACGAGCCUUUGUGGCCGCAGUACCUAGUGGCGAGAACGGAUAAAAUUAAAAUUCGAGCGCGAAGCUCUUCCUUUUGGCCUUAACGAAUCACAUAUCGCAAUUCUCUAAUAGCGACGCUGACCUAUAAAGAUGUGUUUUCUACCUGUUUUUGUUGUAGUACAACAACAGCAACAAAGUGUUAUUUUCUUCAAUUCAAAGAGAAAAGAACAUACAAUGGCCUACCCGACUUUAUGACAACUGUUGCGAGAGAAGAACUAAAUAAACUGAGCUCCUCAAUUACCGAAUGUAACGUCAUUUACCUACCACAGGUAAUUUUGACAUUCAUUGAGAUAUCAGAAUUUGUUUUUCUUUGUACCAACGCAUAUUUUCCAAUAUUUUUUUUCCUAUUGUUUUGACGUAUAUCUUCUCUCCACAGCUUGGCUAUUUGUUGGCAAUCCCUCGGUCACCGGAGAUGAAAGAAGAGGAUGAUUUUGCCAUGGAUGGUUUAGAAUUUGUGGUGAGAUGGCUGUUUAAAGAUAAGGCUUAUAUAUAGUGGAAACCUGUAUUAGGCGGACAACCUCACAACUGUAACAUCACUGUUCCGUCUACCAACUCUUUAUUCCAACUGAUUUUAUUCAGAAUACUAUGACAUACUCAUUCUACAAAGAUCAGUGUAAUGUAAAGUAUAUGUAAUUUCUAAACCAAAGCCCUAUUCCAGGUUUUGUUUUUCCUCCUAGUUUUUAAGCAACAACAGGCUUCACUACAAGAGUGCUCGCACUAGAGGUAAGAACUUUGACGAUGCACCCUCCUUUCCAAGUUUUCCACCAUGAUUUUUCUCUAUCAGAGUUAACACUUUUUUACAUUUUAUGUUUCAGAACUAGAUAACCUUCUUGGAGAUACACAGUGUGAGAUAACAGGUUUGUUUAUUAACCCUCUCCCCCUCCCUCACCGCACCCCCUCCCUCACCGCACCCCCUCCCUCACUGCACCCCUCCCUCACUGCACCCCCUCCCUCACCGCACCCCCUCCCUCACCGCAGCCCCUCCUAAGAGUUAUCAGCAUCUAGUUUCUCCUCACGGUAUUACUUCUGAAUCAAACAAGACGGCCAUUACAACUGAGGAAAUCAUCGUCAUUUUAUAAUGCUCUUGAUUGUUAAACAGAUUCUCCUGAUUAUUACCACUAGAAAUAUGUGAAGAGUAGUAUUAGGAGUAUGGAUAUUGAUAUAGAAAAGUGGAAGGUCAAUAGAUGAAGUCCUACUCCUCUUGGGAGGGAUGCUUGUCCAUCUCACAUGACCUCCCACUCCCCCACCUCACAUUCCCGGGAACUUCUCGGAACCGUUAAAGAUUACCUUAAGUUCAUUGGUUUUUUUUUCUUCAGAUCAUGAGACCGCCAUCAUGCAUCGCUUACAGACUGUUAUCCUAGAACACACCAAAGUGCUUAUGGAUGUUAUGGAAUGCUGUGCAGAGCUGGACUGGUAUGGAACUAAUUUUUAAAAGCUGCUUUUGAAAAUUUGAAACUUAUUGUUUUCAAGUGCGUAUUUUUGGAAUCCUUUUAACUUGUCUUUGCCAUUUUUCAUCAUCUUUGUUCGGAUAUCCUCAUAUUCAAGGAUUUUUUAAUUUGGUCUUAUUUUUUGGUUUCAGUUUAAUUUCUUUGGCUCUAUGUGCCAGGGAGAACAAUUAUGUCUGUCCCAAGUUGACAAUGGAUUCUGUGUUGAACAUAGAACAGGGCAGGUGAGGUUUGUAGACUCUUGGUGUAAGGCAGGCUCGAUUUUUAGCAAUUGUUCGCAAAAUUAGCCUGCACUCUUCCCCUUCACCAUGAUUAUCUGAAUUAAAAGAAAAAAAAAAAAAGCAGUCGCUACCAUGACAGAAAUAUAUCGAUUGAGUAUUGAGGUGCUAACGGUUGUUGGUAUACUUAAAAGUAACGCGAAAUAUUUCUUAGAAUACUUACCCUCACGAACGACUCCACGCAAUUUUAGUACUUCAGUGCGACACAAAAUGGCUACGAGCUACAACUUACAUCUUUUUAUUUUAAAGCUUCCCUCGUUGGGAAUUUUAUUUAAAUUGAUUUUUGAAAAGUGUGUGUCGUUACUUCAGGCAUCCCUUACAGGAACUUUGUGUCAAUCUGUUCGUUCCAAAUGACACUGUGAUUGAACAAGAUAAAGAACGGAUGAAGGUGUUGACGGGACCAAAUGCCAGCGGUAAAAGUGUCUACCUUAAGCAGGUGAACGUAACGAAUAGUAAACAGUGUGACGAAUUGAGGCCUGAUGGUUUGCGCGCCGAAAUAAAAUAUGAUAGAAAUGGAUGAUAAACUAAGGGAAAUAAAAUACAGCUGUUUCUUUGAAAAGACGUCAAACGCUAAGGUGAUCCUCUGUUCGAUGUCAUGCCAUUCAACAUCUUUUCCUUAAUUUUUUCUCGAAUUUUCGUCAAUGUGCGAGGCGCCCUCUACUUAAGUCAAGAUAGAAAAUUACCCCUCCCUACCCUGUCCCUCUUUACAACUAUGUUACGUUAUAGGUGGAUGCAGCCCUUUGUGCAUGAACCAGUGGCCCGUUUCUCGAAAGUCCCGGUAACUUAACGGGCCUGUUAAGCUGCUCUGUUUUCAUUCAAAAUGGUGGUUUCAAAGUUUUCAGUAUUAUGCAAUUAAACCAGCAGCUAUAGAAAGUCAGUGGACUGGUUAGGGUGUUAGAGCCUGCUUCUUUGUUCUUUAACUUUUGAUUUGAAACUAUGGGACUACCGAGACGAUUAUCUGUUAAGGAAAUGUAUAGAGAACAGUUUGGAUAAUAUGCAUAUUGAUGUUAGAGAGUAAAGGGUUUAGAAAUGUCACCUUUAGGAAGGGCCACAUUUCUUAGGAUAUAAAUGUUGACGGAAAUUCUUUUCUUUGAAUUUCAGGUCGGUUUGAUUGUAUUCCUGGCUCAUAUUGGAAGUUUUGUACCGGCAGAGUCAGCCACUGUUGGCAUCACUGACAGAAUUUUUACACGAAUACACACAAGAGAAACUGUGUCAGUUGGCUUGUCUACGUUUAUGAUCGAUUUAAAUCAGGUAGGUGAUUGUAAUGAAAUUUAGUUGUUUGAAAUCAUCCGUAUGAAACUUGCAAUCGAAAAACGAGAAAAUCACAGGUGCACCCAAUUCUUUAUUUCCUGGAAACCCGGCUGUGGUAGUUAAGCACUACCUUGAAAAAAAUUACGCGCUUCUGAUUGGCUGAAAACUAGUGAAUUCUCAUGUACGCUUCAAAAUUUCGUUGGUCUUGACUUUCUGUGGUGUUUUUUCAUGUACAUCAUUAACAAACAAUAAAAUGCUUCUACUGGCAAUUUGGUGAAGAGGCACUUGUAAAUUUUUCAAAGACUACAAAUUGCACGAGCCCGUAGGGCAAGUGCAAUUUUGUUGUCUUUAAAAAAUUUAUUUGUGCUUAUUUACUCCAAAUUGCACUCUAAAUGAUGCUACUACCUAUAAAAAAUCGAUUUUGAUAGUUUGUUUGAAUGAUUUCCUUUGGAGUAAGCAGGCUUUCAUUGUUAGGGACCUUAAGCAAAUCACGACGGCUCCGGCAACGAGGACGUGGCAAAAGAUCUAACGGGCAAAACAAUAGCCAGCACGUGAGGUUUUAAAACUUUGUACAUUUCUUAGUUGGCCUCUGCAAAACAACAACGUGAAAUCACCCAAAUUUACGUCGUCUGCGAACGAAAACUGCGACCUCAACUUACUUUAAUUUCUAUUUGGAACUCAACGCUGCUUAUACUCGUUAUGUUGAAGUUUAGGUGUGGCACCGUAAUAGAUGGUAAACACAUGCAGCCAUUUUCGAAUUUCUAACUAAAAAUGGAAAUGCGUCUUGCAAUCGUCGUUUUCCUUGGUGUUGCCGUCGUGGCUGCUUAAGGUCCCUAUUAAUAGCGCUUAAAGAGUGCGUUGCUCCGCUCGUGGGAACAUUUUAGAUGAGUCGGAGAGAGGUUUGCCCGGGGUCAGGCACUAAUUAUUAGUUACUAAGCCCCCAUACUUACUUUUUUGCCGGCGAAUAAAGGCUCGUGCUGAACCGCUGAUAGUGAGUGCCUGCUUACGGGCUACAAUCAGUGACUAAAUGGCUUAGACACUUUCUUUUUAUCAGUGUUUGACAAAUUACAACCUUUACCUCUUUAUUCCCAACUCGAUCUUAUUCAUCGAUUUUUCUUGCCGUUAAUCGGGCAUAACAGUGAAUAGAGGCGAAGGAGAGGUAAAGGGGCAAGAGGCAUGUAAAAAGUUAAGAAGACAAAAUGAAUUAUUUAUGGUUAUACUAUUUUAAUAGUGUCUCUUUUACUUUUUUGGGCUCUAGUAGGUUUUAAUUCAGCUAGGCUUACCCCAUCUGUGUUCGUUGAUGAAUUUAUAAACUUCCGCUGCCGUCUAUAGCAAUGAGAGGCAAAUUAGAUCCAAAAGCGGCCGCAUCUUUAUGCCACGUGUUUAUUUGCGCAUGAUACCAAUGACAUGCAAGUUUGACCUUGGAGCCUUCAUCGUUUCAGUGUUACUUCCUUAUUCUCUAAUUCGCUCGGCUUUUUCUUUUGCUUUUAAUACUAGAACAGAAAAUUUCUCCAGCUUCCUGACCUUUCUUUUUCGUCAAGUUUGAUUAAAAUACAUUUCAUCAUUUGUCAGGUGGCGACUGCAGUGAAUGCUGCCACAGAGAAUUCACUGGUCAUCGUUGUUUGACCUUGGAGCCUUCAUCGUUUCAGUGUUACUUCCUUAUUCUCUAAUUCGCUCGGCUUUUUCUUUUGCUUUUAAUACUAGAACAGAAAAUUUCUCCAGCUACCUGACCUUUCUUUUUCGUCAAGUUUGAUUAAAAUACAUUUCAUCAUUUGUCAGGUGGCGACUGCAGUGAAUGCUGCCACAGAGAAUUCACUGGUCAUCGUUGAUGAAUUUGGAAAAGGAACUGCCACGGUUACUAUAACGACAGUUUUGUUUAUAUGAUAAGCUGAAUGUCACACAUAGUUAGAUUGGUUCUUAUGAUCGAUUGGAGAAAAAGACGCGUGGAUAAAGUCACCAUUAACUACAUUUUCCUUUUUUAUCACAUAAAACAAAUAGAUCCCACGCUGCCGUGGAUUUGUUCAGUAAUAGAUCACAGAAGACGUCAGAAUAUGAGAAGAACAUCAGUGACACACCUGGCUGCGUUUCGUGCGCCGCUUCCUUGUCCUUACCACAUUUGACGUUAUCUGUGGUCUGUUACUAAACAACAUGGUAUCUAUAUUUUAAAAUAUUUAUCCUAAAAAAAAACAUAUUUUCACGCAAAUUAACCAAAAUGUGGACUGUACUGUGUACGUUAAAGCUAAAUUGCUGCUCAGAUGUUGGAAUUUAAGCUCGAACCCGUGGAUUGUUUUAUUUCCCUUUUUUUUUUGGUGUUCCUUUUUUAUUUAUUGUGGUUUUCCUCACGGAAUAUUUUCUCAGUGAGGUCUGUGCUAUGUAUAGAAUGAUAUCGGUUCCAUUUAAGUGACGAAAUACUAUUUAAAAGGUUUUCCCUUUACCCACGACAAAUAAAACAAGGAAGUAAAAAAUAUGGAAAUUUCAGUUCCACAGAAAGUGUUAAUUUGAAAACAAGGAAGUGAUAAUAUGUUAAAGAGGUGACAGAUAUAAUAAUAGAUAAGUUAAUGAGUUUUGGUAGGAAGAAGACAAAGCCCCAAAAUAUCGUGACGAUUACCCAAAAAUAUGCAUCUCAUUUGCCAUAGCCUGCAGUUAAAGUGUCUUAUUAGGACGAGCUAAAAUACUGAGCACUCGCUCGCCAGAAUUACACGUGUUAUACGGGCUACAUUUGCCAGAAAAAUGUACGCAUUUACGGCGUCAAGAGCGGGAAAAAGGAAACUUCUAAUCGAAUUUUCUAAUAAAUAACAAGAAGUGAACGAAAAUUACCACCAGAGUCGUAAUCCUACUCCUCUAAAGCUAACCGGAAGUGAGUAAUUUCUUUAAUUUCUGACAGUUAGGCUUCUUUUUCACUUUCAACUAUGGAAUCCUCUCCUUUUUAUCUUUCUCCAUUCACAUUCUAGCUUUAAACGCGGACAGAAAGCAAAGAUCUCCCUCCACAUGCAACCGAAUCAGGAGAUUUUACGCGAGCGAAAUUCAAGCACCAGGAUGUUUUGCCGCAAGAAACCCCUCGGGAGUCAUUAAUGCAUUUAUCUUGACAUGUUACAAUAGGCUAUCUGCACUUUGGCGGGCCCAAGAAUUCAGUUCAAAAAUAUGUUUUUGUAAAUAACUCGCAUGCGUUUUCCUAUUUUCCCAAUUUUUCUUGGAAACUAUAGUUAAAAUAAUAAUGCUUUGUUUGACAUGAAAAAAAAAUCCAAAAAAAUUGGACCUCGAAAGUCUACCGUAUCCUCGAAAAAUUUGGACAUUUCGAUGGGAGAUAAGUUUACGAAGAUCUUUAUUUCAAUCAAUGGUUAUAAUUUACUAUCUUUAGCGUGUCCAGGAAGUGCCAAUGUUCAUUAAGGUCGUUUUUAGUUCAUGAUUGACGUAGCAUCUCCUUAUUUUCUGACUUUAGAUCGAUGGUUUGUCGCUGCUGACUGCCAUUCUUCGACACUGGCUGAGACAAGGAUCCAGUUGCCCAAAACUGCUUGUCUCGACGCACUUUCAUAGCCUUGUGAAACAAAAGCUCCUACCGCAGACACCUCUGGUCACAUAUCAGGUAGUUUUGUAAUAUCCAUCGCAAAGUUGCAGGCAGCUGUAUCACAUUUCACUGACAUCUCGAAGGGUCAUGAAUGCACAAUUAUACUUCUGGCAUGCGUUGUAUUUUUCCUAAAAAAUGGCGGGCAAUUUCUGACCCUGCAGCAAUUUUUGUUGGUACACUUAGCAAAGAAGACUGUCGUCCGGAUACUAGCUUAAUAGCGGCUUUUUUUCCAUGAUCUAAUGGUCAUAGUUUUUAGAUUUUAAAAGAAAACAAAACUCGCUCUUUAAAGUAACUUCUGCCUACAAUAAACAGAUAAACAACUAAAGAAAUUAAUUACAGUAACAACAACAAAUAGAAAUGUCGUCCCAGGUAGGACUUAAAAGAAACUCAUACCUAGGUAAAAGAGUUUUAAAAUCCGAUUAUCUACAACCUAGAAAUAAAGUCAACCGCGAACGCUCUAGAAGCCCCCUUCUCUAAUUACCUCUUCCAAACAAAAACUUAAGUAUCGUCAUUCAUUUAAGCUUUGAAUCGUCUCGGUACGUAGUGUUAUUGCGCCACACAAUAUAAAGGCAGUAUUUUGUUCUUUUUAUUUUCCUUUGCAAUUUUGUACGACAUCAUUAGACGAUGCAAGUGCUGGAAGAAGGCGAAGACGUUGCGUUUUUGUAUCACCUUAUUGAUGGUUGCGCCGAGAGCAGUCUUGCAUGCCAUAUCGCCUCCUUGGCUGGCUUGCCCGAUGAAUUACUUAAAAGAGCGCAGCAGGUUUCUAGCCACUACCUGAUACAUUAAUCUAAUAUCAUUUCAAGUUUAUUGAAAUAUGUCUUGGUAUUAAACAGAACAAGAAUAUGGUAGAUUUUUGAGCUCGGUGAAUUAAAGAUGUAGAUAAAUAAGUUUUUUCGUCUUAUCACGAGCGUGAGAUAAAAGACAAAAAAAAAAAAUUAAAAGGGGUUCCUUUCCUUUUGAGGGGACUCAGAAUUUUUCUCUUUGUCCCACGCUCGUUAAAAGAGAACAAAACUUCUUUCUCUUUAUUGGUACAGUAAGCAGGACUUGAUAAUCUUCAAGAGUCAUAGACGUAAUGGCGUAGUGCAUUGUGGGCCCGACUCCGGAUCGUGAGCUCCCGGCUCGAGCGCUAGGAACUGAAGGAACUGAACGCGAGACACUGAACACUCUUCUUUGUGCCUUUCCCCCCACAAGAGUGUAAAUAAGUAACUGCAAUCUAUCAGGAAAACGUAAUGAAAAAACUGGAGGAGCCUCCGCACUGGACUCAGAAAGUUAAUUUGUUUAAUUUUUUUUUAAUACGAUCGUCGUAAUUUUUUUCUUCUCUGAAGGUGACAGAACUUACAAGAUGCAACAAACCGAUCCUUCGAAAGGACACUGCAGAUGACGAAGAACAAAGAAAGAGGUUCAGUUUGGCAUUUCUUUCUUUCAUGCCAUGACUCUGGCCACCACUAAUUUAAAACUUUACGUGGGUAGUGUCUUAGUGCAGUUUCCCAGCUGUAUUUCAAAAGAAAGCCGCCGAAUUGUUUACAUUUAAUACGAAAUCUUUAAAUUCCGGUAUAUGUAAUUGUCUUGGUUAGUACAUACACAGAAUAAAACCGGCCUGCGCGAGCUUUUAUUGGAGUCGAGAAUCGAUGCCCCGUACUUAACUAACAAGUGAACAAUUUACACAAAUGUUCCUCAAGAAAAAGAGAUAAUUUGGAUAUAACUGUUGGAAAAAUUCCGUAAAACUUCCUCGCCAAUAGAGGAAAUUUUUUGAGCUUUCAAAUUUAUCUAUUACAUAAUUUUUUUUAUCCAUAUUUUUUGUCUUGGUGUACGGGUGUUAAUGUUUGCUUACGUCAAGCUCUAAAGUCGAAGUCUGUGGUUAGGAUUAUAUACUUUGUUCUCCUAGAAAUAUUGUCUGUGCACAGAGUGUUUUCAUCAUAUUGAUCCUUUUGUUUCAGACACAAAGCCAUCGUCAAGAAAUUCUUGGCGUUGAAUUUGGAUAACGAAGACCCUCAAGCUUUUCUGAGAGAUCUUUUGGAAAAUUUCGAUGAUGAAUGA